CUCGAGUCGGCACUGCCGAGCGACGCGCGCCUCCGCAGUUCUUGUGCAACCUUGCCGCCCAGCGAAUCAGUUAAACUAUCGCCGAUGUUCACGGCCGCUUUUUUCUAACAGCUUUUAGAAAAUUCGCGAUAAUAACCAUCUGGACAACGAUUUGGAGCGAGUUAACAACGCUUUCGCAGCGGCGUCAGUAGCCGGUCGCAGCUCGGCCGCAGUCGCGCGCUCCUCGCCGACGUUUGCACACCGCACACGCAAAAACCGACGCCGCAACACUUUGGCAACGGAUCCUUUACAAUCGAGUUGGUCAACGCGGUGAAAGGCCGUCCGCGAGUAUAAAAUAAAAAAAGAAAAUCUAAUCGGGCACAGUUAGCGCAAAAUGAGAUCUGCGCUGAUCCUUCUGCUGGCCCUUGCGGUGGCUGUCGUCGCCGAGUUUGGGGAGGAGCACUGGGUGGAGGAGGAGGAGCUCGACGAGCCCUACAACGAGGAGGACUACCGGCACGAGCGCAAGACGCGCGCCGCCGACGAGGAGGAGGAAACCGUGCCCGACUGCCACAAGCGCGUGCGCCGCGACGCCACCGCCGAGCCGGAACGCAGCAGGCGGCCGCGGCGUGUACACCAGUACGAGGUGCACGAGUACUACGAGGAAGGUGCGCGGCCCGCGGCGCCCUACGAGGAGAUGCUGGCGGCGAGCGCCGAUCACUACCACAGGGUGUACGCGGCGCCGCCCGCCCCCGCGCCGCGCCAAGUCGACGACGAUGUGAGUCACAGUAGUGGAGCGCCGGGUGCCCAUGUGCCGUCUCUCAAUCCCGCCCAGUUCGCGGCCGCGCCGGCCGCACUGGCUUCCUUUCAAAAGGCUUCCUUAAAUGUUGCUAACCCCGUCCACGUUGUUAACUUCGCUUCGGAGUCGGGUUCGGGUCCAGUGGCGUUAGCGGCGGCGAGCGGGCUAGCGUCGGUGCCGGGCGCUGGCGGUGCGACCCCGCGCCGCCUGGCUGACGACCAGCUAGGCGCUGCGGGCGCGGCGGGCCAUCGCCAGCAGCUGCGCGACGACGGCUGGAUCGCACAGGGCGGCGGACACGCCAACAAGGGACGCCGCUACAACGAGCGCGGCGGAAAGACAAGCAAGGGCUUCGAUUCCGACCACCACGUAGACAAAGGAGCGAAGGGCUUCAAAAAGGACGAGAAGCACCGCAAGGAGUACGAAGAGGCUGCAGGCAAGAAGAGCAAACACCACGACCGCGCGGCGCACUCGGGCGACCACGAGGAGGAGGCCUUCGGGCACCGGGGCUCCAACUUCGCCGAGAAAAAGGGCCACAAGAAAGGCCACAAGACUAAGGGUUUCCAUAACAAGUACCACAAAGACGAGUUCAAGAAGGAGCACAAGUUCUACGACGACUUUCACAAGAGCGGCGAGCACCACCGCUUCGGCAAGUUCAACGCCAAGCACGCCUCCAACGAGAGCGGCAAGAAGCGUGCGCAUCACCUCAACGCCGGACAUGACUUCGUCGAGCACGGCAAGAAGGGAUACAGUAACAAGGGGCACAUCGACGCCGACCACAAGGGUUACAACGGCAAGAACGGUCACGAGGAACAUCACGAGAAUCACUCGCAGUACGGAAAGAAAGGAGGCCGAGCCGGGGGCAGGAGCUGGGGACACGACACAAAAAACUAGCCGCGCAACAACACAGCCUCGUCAGAAACAUCCUCGGAUAACACCACCUAUACCACGCGGUGUUAUAUCACAUUUUGAUUGUUAGAAUUUGUAUAUUAUUGGGGCCAAAUAUAUCUCAUAGAAGUAAUCAAGUUAAAGAAGUUACAUUUAACUUGAUCGAAUUUAAGUUUAUGUGGUGUAGAUUCAUGAAUGUGUUUAGUAACUGGUAUUUAAAUUAUGUUAUAUAUAGUUGUUAGUUAUAGAGAUGGAACAUAUACCUUUUA